UCUGUAGUUCUUUUUUAUAUCUGACAAGCCAAGAUGAUCCGUGGCUCAGCCCUCCGUACCUCCGCCAAGUCCUUGACUGCUCGCCGUUUGUUGUCCACCGCAAAUGGCCAGACCAAGUACACUACUCUCUCUAACGGUGUUACUAUUGCUUCUGAGACAAACACCAACGCUGCCACUGCCACCGUAGGGUUAUACUACGGUGCUGGUUCGCGUUCUGAACAUCCAUACAACAACGGUGUUUCAGCAUUGACUGCUUCGAUUUUGGGCUCGGGCUUACAGGAUGGUGUUUUACUUUCUUCUGAGUCUACCAAGGAAACCAAUGGUAUCUUAGCCACCACCACCAACGCCAACAUCGCCAGUGCCGGAAAGCUCAUUGCUCAAAUCGCCUCUAACCCUGUUCAGAUUUUGGAGAAGUCCGACUUUGCUGCUGCCAAGAACAAGUUGGCUGCUGCUGCCGACGCUGUAGAAGCUGAUCCUAACGCUAAAGUGUUGGAACACUUGAAUGCUUCUGCUUUCCAGGGUUACUCGCUUGGAUUGCCAACUUUGGGUACUUCUGAAUCCGUUCAAGACUUGGAGCUCCAAGACGCCGUUCGUUCGUUGGAAAAGCACUUGGUAGCCUCCAACACCGUCAUUGCUGCUGCUGGUAACUUUGACCACGAAGCUCUUGUUGCUGCUGUGGAAGCCAACUUGACCUUGACCCAAGGCUUGAAGCCACAAGAGAAGCCAGCUUCGUUUUUGGGAUCUGAAGUCAGAAUGAGAGACGACACCUUGCCAAAGGCUUACGUCGCUAUUGCUGCCCAAGGUGAAGCCUUCAACUCGCCAGCCUACUACGUAGCCAAGGUCGCUGCUGCCAUCUUUGGUGACUUCGACCACCACUCUGCUUUUGCCGCAUACACCAGUCCUAAGCUCGCAUCCAUUGUACAAGAAUACCACAUCGCCGACAAGUACACCCACUUCUCCACCUCGUACUCUGACACUGGUUUGUGGGGUUUUGCCUCGGAAAUCUCUAACAUCGAGGCCAUCGACGACUUCACCCACUUUACGUUGAAGGAAUGGAACAGAUUGUCUGUUUCCAUCUCCAACGCUGAAGUUGCCCGUGGUAAGGCUGCUGUCAAGACUGCCUUGUUGAGACAAUUGAACUCGACCCCAGCUGUAGUAUCUGACAUCGCUACCAAGGUAUUGUUGGCUGGCUACAGAUCCUCGGUCAAGGAAGCUCUCGAAAAGAUUGAUGCCAUCCAAACCAAGGACGUCAAGGCAUGGGCCCAGGCUACCUUGUGGGACAAGGACAUUGUCAUCUCCGGAACUGGUCAAAUCGAAGACUUGCUCGACUACAACAGAAACAGAAACGAGAUGGCCGCUUUGAGAUGGUAAGCGGACUUUGUUUCUCUUCUGUUUAAUUCUCUACUUGCAUGUUUUAAGAAAGCUUUACACUUUCAAAAAUAUAUUUAAAAGACAAUAGAAAGUAAGAUCUUGAUUCAAAGUCUCAUGUUGUCCUACAACCAAAUCCAUUUCGUAUAUAACCCUUACAUAUUAUUUUGAAUAUACUAAUUUUAUUCCG